AUGUCAGGAUGGCCUGAUGAAGAAUUUCAAGGAAUUAUUCCUUGUGCUGGAACAUUUUUUUAUGUAACAAAUUGGCUUGACCUUCUAUCAAGCCAAGGAAUAAAAUUGACUACGUAUAGGCAUGAUCCAGACAAUCCCCAAGCCUUGAUAUUUAUUUUCCAUUGUUGGCUAUAGAGGCUGCCUUUGAGUAGCGCUCUAAGCGCCCGAGACUUCCCGACGAAGUCUGGGCGGUGGUUUGACCAGCUGAUGUUGGUCAAACCAGCAUCCAAUUUGACAAACCUUCUGUAUGAGAAGAAUUUGUCAUUUUGGAUGUUGGUUUGACCAACAUCAGCUGGUAAAACCACCGCCCAGACUUCGUCGGGAAGUCUCGGGCGCUUAGAGCGCUACUCAAAGGCAGCCUCUAUAUCUGCUUCAAGCAGCUAUUCUCACCUAGCCAGAAGAUUUGAACAGUCAAAUUUUGCAGCUUUUGCGUUUGAUCAAGAAGGGCAUGGAAAAAGCGGAGGUGCAAGAGGAGAAUUAAGAGACAUAAGCGAAAAUAUUAAUUUAGGUAUCGAAUUUAUUGAAAAAACAAGACAGCAAUUUGAUCGAGACCUUCCUGUAUUUAUUAUUGGAGAAAGUAUGGGUGGGUUAACAUGUGUAGGAAUUUCUCUAAGAGCCAACCUGGGAACUUUUAAUAUAAUUUUUGUUUAGAUUUGAAUCAAAUUGAAAAAUACACAAAUUUUUUUAGAUAUCAAUUUUAAAUUAAUUUUCAAGGAUUUAGAUAAUCUUUGAUGCACUCAUUAAAUAUUUUCAUUUUUCUUAUUCGAAUCUCUCAAAUCGGCUAAUUAAAAUUAUUAAAAAAAACUCAAAAAUUUAAUAAAAAUACAAAUUCUAACUCCCCCCCCCCUCCGUGAGCGAACAAAAAAAUUUUGUUCGCUCACGGAGGGGGGUUAAUUUUUUUUUUUUUAAAAAAAAAUUUUAUAUAUAAAUUUUUAUAAAAAAAUAUUUUUUUCGAAAUUUAAAAAAAAUCCUAAUUUGCAAAAAUUGGGAAGCAAAUAUUAAUUUAAUUUGCAAAAUUUAUGUUUUAAAACGCAAUUUGUUUAAAAAUUAAACAGAAUUAGCUCUAGAUUUCAUUAUACUAAUUAUCACUUAUAUAUCAAAAUUUUUUUCCAUUAAAAUGUUUUCUAUUAAAAAAAUUUUUGUUCACUCACGGAGGGUGGGUUUUUGGUCAAAAAAUGGCGACUUUUCUAAUGGUUUUGUUCGCUCACGGGAGGGGGGGGGGGAGUAAGAGCAAAGUGUUUGCUAGAAUAUAAGGACUAAGAGAUUCCUGAAGUAAUUAGAGGGAUGAUUUUGCUUGCCCCUGCAUUAGGUUUAACCCCAAAAUUUUUUGCUCAAAAAUGAACUGAUGAGCCAUUUGACCUCAAAGAUAUGGUAAUUGUUUCGAGCAACCCUAAAAUUCUAGAGUGGUGAACAAAAAACCCUGAUACUUAUUUAGGAAAAACAAGCCCUGCUACAGGAGAUGCAUUUACAAGAGGAAUGAAUGAGGCUCAGCAGCAGGUCCCUCAGGUAAGAACGCCUUUUAUUUUAUUCCAUGGUGAGCAUGACGAAGUGUGCCCUAUUGAUGCAUCUAGGCAGUUUUUCCGAAAUUCUGGAGCUGCAGAUAAAGAGUUCGCAUAUGAUGAAAACUGAUAUCAUUUAAUUUCUCUAGAGCCUCAAAUCCCUCACUCCCCCCGCCCUCCGUGAGUGAACAAAAAAAUUUUGUUCACUCACGGAGGGGGGUUAAUUUUUUUUUUUUAAAACAAAAUUAUAUAGAAAUUUUAUAGAAAACUUUUUUUUUUCGAAAUUUAAAAAAAUCCUAAUUCGCAAAAAUUGGAAAGCAAAUAUUAAUUUAAUUUAUAAAAUUUAUGUUUUUAAAAAGCAAUUCGUUUAAAAUUAAACAGAAUUAGCUCUAGAUUUCAUUAUACUAGUUAUCACUUAUAUAUAAAAUUUUUUUUCCUUAAAACAUUUUUCUAUUAAAAAAAUUUUUGUUCACUCACGGAGGGUUGGUUUUUGGGCAAAAAAUAGCGAUUUUUCUAAUGGUUUUGUUCACUCACGGAGGGGGGGGGAGUCAGAUUCUUGAUAGGAUUGUGGCAUGGAUACAAGCAAGAAUUUAG